AUGCAAUAUUUUUUUCUGGUAUUUCUAGCUGUUUUAGCAAAAGGGUUUUUAAGAAAUAAAGAACACGCCAAUUUAAUAAACUCACACAAUGACAGUGUAGAAGAUAUACAUAUUGAAAAGGAAGAGAAAAGUUCAAGUGAACAUCCUUUCAUUCCUAUAAAAAAUAAAAUAAAUCUUGUUCAUAAAAAAAAUAACAAUCAAUAUAAUUCAUAUAAUAAUAAACAUAAUAAAAUAAAACUUACUGAUGGAACAUAUACUAGCUUCUUACAAAAUUGCACCAUCAAUGAUUGUGUAGAUGUCGAUAAUAAAGACUCUGAAAUUAAUGAUAUGACAAAAGAAAAAGAUAAUAAUAAUAAUAAUAAUAAAAAUAAUAAUAAUGAAACUAAUCAAAAUGAAGAGAAAAAUAAAAUGAAUACAAGUGAUAUACAUACAGAAAAUGAACAAAAAAUAAAUAAAAAUGAAAAAGAAAAACGCGAUAUCUCCAAUUCGAAUGGAGAGAACAAAAAGGAUUUAAAAGAAGGAGUCAAAGAAUUAGAAGCAAAGAAAAAAGAGGAUAAAAUUUCAGAUGAUCAUAAUGUGGAGGAAAAAAAAUUAGAUAAUAAUAAAGUGGAGGAAAAAAAAUUAGAUAAUAAUAAAAUGGAGGAAAAAAAAUUAGAUAAUAAUAAAAUGGAGGAAAAAAAAUCAGAUGAUCAUAACAUAGAAGAAAUAAAAAAUGUAGAAGAACAUGAAGAAGACGAAGAAGAAAAUAAUGAAGAAAAGAAAUCAGAAAAGAAAUCAGAAAAGAAAUCAGAAAAGAAAAAUAAAGAUGAUAAUGAGGAAGAUACUGAUGAUAUAAGUGAUGAAGAUGAAAUUGAUGAUGAUGAUGGUGGUGAGGAAGACAAAAAUGAAAAUGAUGAUAUUGAUGAUGAUAAAAAGGAAACAGAUAAAACACAUUUGGAAGACGAGGAAAAUGAAAUAAUUGAGAAGGAAAAAAAUAAAGAUAUAGAGAAGGAAAAAAAUAAAGAUAUAAAGAAAGAGAAAAAUAAAGAUAUAGAGAAGGAAAAAGAGAAAGAUAUAAAGAAAGAGAAAAAUAAAGAUACAGAAAAAGCAAAGAAUAAACAAAAUGAUGAAAAAAAGGUAGAAAAUAACGAAACGAAGAAAAAUCAUGAUCUAAAAAAAGAAAUGAAAAAAGAUAAACAAGAUAUACAUGAUGAUGAAGAUGAUGAAAGUGAUGUAGAAGAAAUAGAAGAAAAUGAUGACGAGGAAGAUGAGGAUGAAGACAUGGAAAAGAGAAAAAAAAAAAAAAAAGGAAAAAAUGAAAAAGAAAAGAAAAAAGAAAAGAAAAAAGAAAAAGAAAAUGAAAUAGAAAAUGAAAUAGAAAAUGAAAUAGAAAAUGAAAAAGAUAAUGAAAAAGAUAAUGAAAAAGAUAAUGAAAAAGAUAAUGAUAAAAAUAUUAAAGAGAAUGAAAAUAUAACAAAUGAAAACGAGGAAAACUAUGAAAAAAUAAAUACAACUACUGAAAUAACAAUAACAAAAUCAAAUAUAGAUAUAAAUAAUAAUAAUAGUAAUAAUGAUAAAGUACAUAACCACAUAUUCACAAAUCAACAAAAAAAACACAAUUUUCAUAAUGAACAAAAUGAAUUUAAUCAAGCAUUAAAUGCAUCAACUAAUCAUAAAAAUCAUUAUGAGGAGAAAAAGAAAUAUGAAUCUAACAUGUUCAACAUAGACAAAAGAAUGCAUAAAAAUUUAACAAGCAUGGAUACAAUACUUCGCAAUCUGAAUGAUAAAUUAAGUCACCACAAAGAUCUCAAAAAUAGAGAAUUAAAAUUAAAAUUUGAAGCAAUGAGUAGAAUUAAAGAAUAUAAAAUAUACAAUGAGCUUAUUCAAAAAUCUGUGGAAAUAUUGACACUUAGAUUAAUGAAGAUUAACGACGAAUUGAAAAAGUUAAAAGACAUAUCCGAAAAUGCUUUACAAAAAUAUAUAAACGAGAAAGGUUAUGGAUUGAUGAAGCAUUAUAAUUUCCCAGAAUAUAACAAACUUGAGGAAGAAAAGAUCAUGAAAAGAAACAAAAUAACUUGGAAUGAAAAAAAAAGUCAUCAUCUCUAUUGUCCUAUGGAAUGUAAUAAAGAGAGGUGUCAUAACAAACCACAUGGUCCUACUCAAUGCUACAAACUAGAACAAAGAGGUAAUAAUAUUGAGACCAUAUGUGAACCUUUCCUUAACCAACAUAAUGGAACCUGUCGACCAGAUUUUCAUCAUUGUGCUAUAGCAGAGCCUGAGAGAAAUAAAAAAUAUUCAAUAUAUGCAACGGACAAUGUGCACUUUGUACCUUCCCAAUUUGUUACUAUAAAAGGAUAUAAUUUACAUGAAUGUUUACAAUUUUUGGUCGUCAACAAGAAUUCCACAUGCGGACCUUUGACAAUCGAAAAAAACCUUAUGGAAUCUGAAGAAAUUUUAAAGGAGCCUGUUUUAAGCAAAGUUUUAUAUAACGAAAUUUUAUUUGAAAAUAUAAAAAUAUCUACACCAGGAGAAUAUAAUAUAUGCUUGGCUCAAUUUUAUCAAGAUCCAGAGAAUGAUGAUAUACUAUCAGAAAAUAGUUCAAAUAAAUAUAAAAAAAAAAAGAGAAACGAUAUGAAAGUAUUGGGAAUAGACACCAUAGGUACAUUAUAUGUAUUACCCUUACAUGAGAAACAAAAAACGGCAUAA